UCCGAUUGGGUGCUUCCUGUUAGUGGGAGGGGCGAACCCGUUAUUCUGUAUAUAAAGCGGUGCAGGCAGACGGAGCGCACACUCUGCGGUUGGACCUUUGGGAGAACAGGAACAGGCAUCAUGGUGAAAAUUGGAAUCAAUGGAUUUGGCCGUAUUGGCCGCCUGGUGACCCGAGCUGCCAUUAACUCUGGCAAAGUACAAGUUGUGGCCAUCAAUGACCCGUUCAUAGACCUGGACUAUAUGGUCUAUAUGUUCAAGUAUGACUCUACUCAUGGAAGGUUCAAGGGAACAGUGAAAGCAGAGAAGGGAAAACUGAUUGUGAACAACCAGGAAAUUACCGUCUUCCAAGAACGGGAUCCCAGUAACAUUAAAUGGGGUGAAGCUGGAGCAGACUACGUGGUGGAGUCUACUGGGGUCUUCACAACUAUUGAGAAGGCUUCUUUUCAUUUGAAGGGUGGCGCAAAACGUGUUAUAAUCUCUGCGCCCUCAGCAGAUGCCCCCAUGUUUGUUGUUGGUGUGAAUCAUGAAAAUUACAACAAUACUCUUAAAGUUGUCAGUAAUGCCUCCUGCACCACAAACUGCCUGGCCCCGCUGGCUAAAGUCAUCAAUGACAACUUCCACAUAGUGGAGGGACUGAUGACCACUGUCCACGCUUACACUGCAACGCAGAAGACUGUGGAUGGCCCAUCUGGAAAACUGUGGCGUGAUGGGCGCGGCGCUGGUCAGAACAUUAUCCCAGCAUCAACUGGAGCAGCAAAGGCCGUGGGGAAGGUUAUUCCAGAGCUGAACGGGAAGCUGACUGGCAUGGCCUUCCGUGUACCUACUCCUAAUGUGUCUGUGGUGGACCUGACCUGCCGUCUAGAGAAGCCUGUGAGUAUGGGGGAGCGGGCACAAGGGAAUUGAUAAUCGGUUGAUGUGAGGAAUGCAUCAUUCUGGGUGUAGCUAGA